AUGGGGUUCCCUAUCAAAUGGGUGGAGUGGAUUAAGGGGUGUUUGAGUUCGGGUUCGGGGUCGGUUAUUGUUAAUGGGUCGCCAACCAAGGAGUUCAAAUUCAAACGGGGCCUUCGUCAAGGAGACCCGCUAUCUCCUUUCCUCUUUAUCAUUGCCAUGGAAAUAAUAAAUAUGUUAAUGAAAAGGGCGUCUAACUUGGGGCUGUUUCAUGGGUGUCAAAUUCCGAAUGGUGGGCCAAACAUAACCCAUCUUUGUUAUGCGGACGAUGUUUUAUUUUUUGGCGAAUGGUCUCAGCAUAAUAUUCUGGCAUUGAAUCGUCUCUUGAGAUGGUUAAACUUGUUAUCGGGUCUUAAAGUUAAUCGGCAAAAGAGUAAGCUCUUCGGCAUAGGGGUGGAUGACGCUGAGGUCGCUCGUCUAGCCCAGGUUGUGAGUUGCGACGUCGGCUCUUUGCCUUUCACUCAUUUAGGCAUACCGAUUGGGGUGAAUAUGAAACGCGCCAAGUGUUGGAAACCGGUUUUGGAGAAGUUCUCAGCUAGAUUAUCUAAAUGGAAAGCCGCUCAUUUGUCGUUUGCGGGUCGGUUGACCCUCAUAAAAUCGGUUCUUGGAAGCCUCCCCUCCUAUUUCCUCUCUCUGUUCGCCGCUCCAAAAGGUGUGAUUAAUAAACUAGAAAAGAUUCGAAGGGAUUUUCUAUGGGGUAAAACUAGUGCGGGUCGUAAGCUUCGUUGGAUGCGGUGGUCUCUUCUUUUAAAGUCCAAAAAAUAUGGGGGCUUGGGCGUCGGUAGUAUUCGAGAUUUCAACCUUGCCAUGCUCGCCAAAUGGUGGUGGAGGUUCAAAGAAAACCCGAACCAACUAUGGGCGAUUGUGGUAGAUGCAAUCCAUAAAGGUAGAGCUUCUAAUGGCAACCCCCCAUUCAUUCCGGUGAAGAAAACUCUUCCAGGUGUUUGGAAGGAUGUCGCUUCUGUUGAUGGGUCUUUGGCGAAGAACGGGAUUAAUAUCAAAGAAAACUUGGUGCUGGACGGAAACAAGUGGGUGUGGAGGUCUGACCCAGACGGGUCUUUUUCCGUAAAACAUAUUCGAUCGGAGCUGGAUCGGGCCGGAGGAGGUAUAGACAGCUUCGGGAGUUCGUUUUUUUGGAAUACCUGGGCCCCGCCGAAAGCAAACUUUCUGCUGUGGAGGGCCUGUUUGGGCAAGGUGGCUGCCAAAGUAAGCCUCAUUAACAGAGGAGUGCUUCUUGCUGAUGCUUUUUGUCCUCGGUGCGGCAUGGAGGAGGAAGACUCGGAGCAUAUUUUUGUUAAAUGCUUGUGGUCUAAAUGCAUUUGGUGGAAUAUAGUGACCUGGAUGCGAGUCAGUUACCCGGCCGACAUCCAAGACCUUCGGACCCUGGUGGAUUACUUAAAGUCGCAACCGGGAUGUAAAUCAUGGAAGAGAAUAGUUUAUUCGAUCGUUAUGGGGACGGUUUGGCGUAUUUGGAUUGCGAGGAAUGAGAAGACCUUCAAUAAUAAAUUUAUUCCGAUUUCGAGAACUGUGGACAUGAUCAAAGAGGACGUCUUCUUAUGGAUUAAGAACCGAUCCAACCGUCCGAGUCCAGGCUGGGAGAAGUGGAAGACCUUUGAUAUUAUCGAAAUGUUGUAA